AUCACUGGCCGACGGAUCGGUGAGACACCGAAAAAGCAGCAGAGACCUCUGGAGUGUAUGAAGCUCGCUGUUAAGUUCGGGCUCCCUUCGCCGCGCACACUCAGCCAGCCUACGUGAACUAACCAUGAGCACAUCAGAGUCCUUGGAUCGAAUGGAACUCUGCGAAAGUCUCUUGACAUGGAUCCAAACAUUUGGAGUGGAAGCACCAUGUAAGACAGUUGAAGAUUUGACCAGUGGGGUCGUAAUGGCCCAAGUCCUGCAGAAAAUCGAUAUAUCAUAUUUUAAUGAUACUUGGAUUACCAGAAUCAAGCCAGAGGCCGGGGACAACUGGAGGUUAAAGGUCAGCAAUCUAAAGAAAAUCUUGAAAGGCAUUCUGGACUAUUACCAGGAGGUCUUAGGUCAACACAUCAAUGAUUUCACACUACCAGAUGUAAGUUUGAUAGGAGAGCACUCUGAUGCUGCAGAACUUGGGAGAAUGUUGCAACUCAUCCUGGGCUGCGCCGUCAACUGCGAACAGAAACAAGAAUACAUCCAGACCAUAAUGGUGAUGGAGGAAUCGGUACAGCAUGUUGUCAUGACCGCCAUCCAGGAGCUGAUGAGUAAAGAGACUGCUGUCACCCCCGGAGGAAAUGACUCGUACGUAGAUCUGGACAGAGAGCUUAAGAAGACGAUUGAGGAGCUGAAUGAUGCUUUGGCAACCAAGGAAGAGAUUGCUCAGCGGUGUCGUGAGCUUGACCUGCAGGCCCUCCAUGCCCAAGAGGAGCGUGAUAGACUGAGGUUAGACUUUAAUGAGCUAGAAGAGAGGGUGGCAGCUCUGCAAGAGGAGAAGAGCAGCCUGCUGGCCGAAAACCAGGUCCUGAUGGAGAGACUUAACCAGUCUGACUCUAUCGAGGACAUAAACAGCCCCGCUGGACGUAGACAUCUCCAGCUGCAGACACAGCUGGAGCAGCUUCAAGAAGAAACCUUCCGGCUGGAGGCGGCAAAAGACGACUACCGGAUCCGUUGCGAGGAGCUCGAGAAAGAGCUCCUAGAUGUGAAGUCCCAGAAUGAAGAACUCACGUCUUUGGCAGAUGAAGCCCAAUCUCUGAAGGACGAGAUGGAUGUGCUUAGACAUUCAUCUGACAAGGUUUCCAAACUGGAGGGCACCGUGGAGCACUACAAGAAAAAGCUGGAGGACAUGGGGCUACUCAGGAGACAGAUUAAGCUUCUGGAGGAGAAGAACACAGUGUUAAUGCAGACUAACGUCAGCUUGGAGGAGGAGCUUCGAAAGGCCAAUGCUGCCAAGGGCCAACUGGAGACCUACAAGAGACAGGUGGUCGAACUUCAGAACAGACUUUCAGAAGAGUCUAAAAAGGCCGACAAGAUGGAGUUUGAGUACAAACGCCUCAAAGAGAAAGUGGACUCUCUACAGAAAGAAAAAGAUCGCAUGAGGACAGAGAGAGACUCUCUUAAGGAAACUAUUGAGGAACUCCACUGCGUUCAGGCUCAAGAGGGACAGCUUACAUCAAGUUUGUUCCCACUAGGGGGCAGCGAAGGCUCAGAUUCCCUGGCUGCUGAGAUCACCACCCCAGAAAUCCGGGAACAUCUGAUUCGCCUUCAGCACGAAAACAAAAUGCUGAAGCUGGCCCAGGAGGGAUCGGACAACGAGAAGAUCGCUUUGCUGCAGAGCCUGCUGGAAGAUGCCAACAGAAGAAAAAGUGAACUGGAGACAGAAAACAGAUUAAUCAAUCAGCGGUUGAUGGAGGAGCAGAGUCAGGUGGAAGAGCUCCAAAAGACGGUGCAGGAACAGGGUUCAAAAGCAGACAAUUCAUCAGUUCUGAAGAAGAAAUAUGACGAACAUGUGGAGAAGUUACAAGAAGUGAACAACGAGUUACUGAAGAAAAGCGCUAUCAUCGAUGAAAUGGAGCCUAAAUACAAUGCCAGCUCCCAACGAGUGGAUGAGCUUGAAGAAGCUCUGAAGAAAAAAGAUGAAGAGAUGAAACAGAUGGAGGAGAGAUACAAGAAAUAUCUUGAAAAGGCAAAAAGUGUUAUUCGGACGCUGGACCCGAAACAGAACCAAGGCUCCGGUCCGGAGGUUCAGGCCCUGAAAAACCAGCUCCAGGAGAAGGAGAGGAUGUUGCUCUCGCUGGAGAAAGAAAUGGACAAGACAAAAAGCCAGCGGGAUCACGAGGAGAAGCUGAUUGUUUCAGCCUGGUACAACAUGGGCAUGUCUCUGCAGAAGAAGGCGGCUGAAGACCGACUCGCCAACACCGGCUCCGGUCAGUCCUUCCUGGCCAGACAGAGACAAGCCACCAGCACGCGUCGCUCCUACCCAGGCCACGUCCAGCCAGCUACCGCAAGAUCCAUGAGGUAAAGAUUCAGGGGGCAAGGAGGCCCAAAUCUUGCACCCUUUUUUUUUUUCUUCUUCCUGCCAAAUCCUAUUUUAACCUUGACUCCCAUCCAGUGAUGCAAGACUUCUACCUUGUUUGAACCCCAGCAUAUAUAUUUUUUUAAAUAUAUUGACUAAUCACUCCAAAUGCCCAACUGACCUCUUGUUGAACUUGUUCUGUGUGACAAACUUUACCACCCAGCUAAUCUGGACCCAGGCGCUCAGAAGACUUGCAUCUUUUUGAGAAGUUAUUGUCAUUUUUUGAUGAGGAACAGUUCUACCUUUUCAUGCAGUAUUUAUGCACUUCUCUACCUGGAGAAUGACUGUCCCUGCUCAAGGUCUAAUGUUUAAAUUUUAUUUCAUAUACCUUUUUACGGUUGGUCUUAAAUAACUGAUUCAUAGGAAGAUUUAUGUUGUUUUUAUUUUUCCUGUAAAUGUCUGAAUAAGGUGACAGUGGUUUUUAGAAUAACUAGGUUACAGUUGGGAAAACGAAAGCAAUAAUUGGGAAUUUUUCUCUCUUUUUUUUUUUAAAGGAAUCAACUUCGACGGGGUUUGAAGUUGCUUCAGAAGGUGCAAUCUAUAAUUAGCUACAGUGCUGGUCAGAAGUUUUAUCGUCAACAAGAAUUUAUUUCAUUUGUGGCUCCUAGUUUGUUUGAAAUGUUUCUUGUUUUUUUUUGCAAGGAGUAUUUAAAAAGCAAAAAAAAAACAAAAAAAAACGUAAGUUAUUUUUUCAACAGGAGUGUACAACUUUGAAUAUUUUGUCCUUCUCAUAUAAGGUUAAAAUAUAGUUGGAUAUAUUUGAGAAUUGGAAAAAUUGCAGUGGUACAGCUAACUGACAUUUUUCAUGGAGCUUUUCCUUCUUCAUUAAACGAUGCCCCCACCAUACAUGAGCGUCAGCAUUUCAGCUGCUACAAAUGUAGUUUAAAUGUAGUCAUGGGAGUUACACCGCUUUCAGGUGUCCAAAUAUACAAGUAAUAGUUAUGCCAGACAUUUGAAAUGACUAAAUAUUGCAGUUUUUUUACAGUUACAAUGUUGCAAACAUGUACUGUGGUAAUGAUUGCAAUUCCCUUGUCUCUCAUCAUCCCAACAAUGAACACAUGCAAACUUCUGACCUGCACUGUAGAUUGUUAAAUGUUCCUGCGUGUCAGGAUUUUGGUUAGCUUGUUUAGUAAAUAACAGAAUUCUGGAGCGAAACCACUGGAUCUGGUUUUUAGCUUUACCAGCGUGUUCUGGUUUGUGUUGAACAGAGUUUGUGUGCCAUAGAUUUUUUUUUACCAUCUGUUUCUCUCAACGAACCAUUUUGCAGGACUUUCCUCCAAGAUAAAAUACUUCACGGGCUUUUAGCCGUGCCGUUGCUUCAGAGUUUGAAUCAUGUUGCUCACGAUUGAAGAAGAUGAUCUACAGUAUGUUUCCAUCUAGGGAUUUUUAGAUGCUCCUUUACCAGGAGUUGCACAAAUUGUUGUGCGUCAGUUUUCUUUUCCAUCGUCUCUUUAACCCGAAUGUCUCACCACAGGUCUUCUAUUAACUUUAAUUUUAAACUGACACGGUGCUUUUCUUUUAUGCUAACCAGCUCUCCCAUCUGACCAUAACAUCUCUCUCUCCUCCUCCUACAGCAAUGUCACUGCAUGACUGGUAUGCCAGUGAGCUGCUCCUAGCCUUGUGCGGCCGGGCCCGGCCUUGUCCCCCCCUGUGGCCUGCCCUGACCCCCGGGGCCAGGCUGGGCUGAGGCGCCUGAUGCAUGAACCUGCCUGCCUACUGUUUGCAUGACCCCUCUGUGUUAUUUCAAGCCUUCAAAAUAACCCGUCCCUCUAUCGGCCUCAGCAGCAUGAGCACUAACAACCCUUCGGCAUUGUUAUGCAUCAUAAUCUCCAGGCGAGUCUGAUGAGGGAUUUUGGGAUCUGAAAAGAAAAGAAAAUUCUCCGAUUAAUUCCCUUUCCCACCUUCCGUGCCAGUAGUCUGAUGUUAACGUCCCUGUCCUCCUUCCUUCAUACCUUCUAACUCCGCUGUUACACCUGAUGGACGCAUCCACUCGUGCUUUCACGUGCAACAAGUCUGUUACAGCGCAGCGCGUGUUUCAAACGUCCCAGAAGGGAUCAGAGUACAGCAGUAUUUCCUGUCCGUCAACCUGUUUGGUAUUUAUGAAGAUCUCGUCUUCGGCUGGCCGCGUCAGGACACCUCGGUGACAUAUUUCCACAGAUCCAUUUCAAUCUACAUGACUGAGAGGAUUAACGUGUUAUUUAAGAGGUGCAGCCUGUAAAUUGGUCUCAUUUAGAGUUUUCUCCCUUUUAAACUGUUGCGUCACAUCUGACCUCUUAUUUGGUGGAUUGGAUCUUAAAGAUGUUUAUUAUUAUUAUUAUUAUUAUUAUUAUUAUUUUAAUUUAAUCCAGGUGUUGAUUACAGCAAGUUUUGAACAAAGUAAAAAGCUUUCGGGGACUUUCCUCCGUUGCCUUGUUUUUAUGAGCUGAGGAUGGUAAAUAACGUGUGCUAUGUUAACAGUCUUGUUACAGAUUAGUUUUUAUUUGAGUUAAAAGUCCUCAUUAAGCCUAAUCAUGCCUCUUUCCAGCCCUUUUUCUACAUUAUUUAAUUUAUUUUUUGAGUGUAGGCCACAAUUUUAGAGAUGAUUGUAAUUAUACCAAAAAGCUUAUUUCUUUCUCUCUCUCUUUUUUUUUCAUGAUUCAUAAUUUUAAAUUACAAUAUUAGAUUAAAAGUGCAUUUGCAUUGGUAAGCCAAUGGGCAGUCUGUUCACUUUGGGACCUAAAGUAAACCUCAUGUUUGGGCUGAGUACUAAUCAGUGGAAUGAUGUGGAAAAGGCAGAAGAAGGUUGCAUUAAUUAUAACUUCCUUUAAGGAAAACGUCAAACCAGCAAAAGCAGGAGAAUCUUCCUUUCAUCUCUGGUUUUCAGUAUUAUCAGAGCUAAAAGUCUUGCAGUAUCAAAGUAUGUUGGCAUUUUUUUUGGGAUCGUGGAAUAAGAUGCAGUUCAUUCACUUUCAGGCAAAUUUAGAUGUUUCUGUCAGAUAUAUGUAUGUAUGUUCUCCAGUUUUGUUUUAGUAAAUGUUUUAUUUAACUUUUAUUUUCCAGAGUUCAUUAAAAAUCUUAUCCAGAAUCUGACAGCAUGGACGAGUUGCAAGUGUUAAACCCUAUAGUGAGAGAUGGUUCAACCCUCCAGCUGAGUGCCUUUUGUUUCUGAUGCUAUCAAAAGGUGUUUAGGUUUGGAUUCAAUAUGUUACAAGGUUUAUUGAGUAUUUACGGCAAACCAAAACCUCAGUUUGUCUUUAUCUUGACAAUAACUUAACUCUAAGUUUGGCUUAAUGAGAGCAUUUCUCCCCAACGUUUUACUCAUACUUCUUCUGUUGUGUAAUCUUAGUUUAAUCCAUGCAAUGCAUUUUAUCCUAAUGGCUUAUUUAUUUAUUUUUUUUUUGCUUGUACAGCAGUGUUAACAUUUUUUUAAAUUAGUAUUAUUAUUAUAUUAUCAUUUAUACUGUUACAAUGGAUGUAAUUGAGAUCAAAAUACUGUUAAGUAACAUAUGCAACUAAAGGAGGAGGUUUCUAGUAUUAAAGCAUUUAACUCCAAGUAUAAACUGGAGACCUGUGAAAGUUACGGUUCUUGUAUAGUCAGUGUUUACAGGGAAAAAAAUCUUUUUUUUUUUUCUUUUUAAACACUGCACAAAUAAAUUUGCAUUUGUAGUUGAGUACGAUGCUUUUCUCUGGAACAAAAGAAGCAAAACCACAUUUUAAUUCUCGCAUCAACAAGAUUUGCAGCACUCACACAAAUGACCUUUUAAGUUUAUGGACGUGAGAUUGACAUGAUGGUAGCAACAAUGAUCAUCAAAUAAAACUAUUUUUAAAACAAAAAAUAAUGUGUUGAAAUAACAUUUAAGAACAUGGACGACUAAAGUUUCCAGGAUUUCUUCUUUUUUUUUCUAAAUGAAUCAUAUUUUUGUAAAUUAUGCGACAUUAACCAUUUUUCCUGUUUGUACUUCAAGUAACGUUACACAGACCUCUUUUAACCGUCCAUCCUCAGAACAUGGUUUGUAUAUUUUGCAACGCAUCCACAUUGUGGUUGACCCGUUGACAUUCAUGUCAGGGAUUUGGGCAAACCUGCGUUUAUGAACACUCAUCUGAAAAGACAAAAAAAAUAAAAAAUAAGCAGGCUUUCUGGUUUUCUCCUUGCAUCCCUGUCAAACCACCCACUGUAAUUUUGUGUUCGCAUACCUCCAUUACCUGAUUACAGGUGGGGCCAAUUUGUUGUCCUUUUCAAUGCACAUUUCUUGGCAAUAAGGAAGGGGUUAAAAACCCGGUGUGCUGCUCUAACUAAGACUUUGAAACUCACUUCAGUGUUCUAAGAACAAAUAUUUUAUGCUGAAACCCAUUGAAAACUAUCAUGUCUGUAUUUUUACAUGCCUGGUAUUCCCUAGAGGUUUUUUUUUUAUUUUUAAUUUGGUUGGUAAUAUCACUAAGGCUCUGUCAAAUGAAUUAGAAAGCUGAAAUGAACAACAAAAGGGGCCAAUCCCAAAGUAGCAAAUAAUGUCCUAUUUGCCAAUAUUUUAUAUUGCUUGUAUAGGAAGACAAAUUGUACAUAACAUUUGUGGUCGUGUCGUAGGGCUGUUUUAAAAAUAUUUGCGAUUGAGGAAAUCAGAAGAUCAUGUCUAGUUAGGUGGAUUUCAUCUCACAUUUAUCCAACAAGGAUUACGCUGAUGAAAAUGUGCUUCCGACACCAUGAAACCCAGAAACCACGUUGUAAAUAAAACUUGUAUAAAAACA